GAGAGUAGUGGUUGCUCCGCCAGCUAGACAGGUCGCGUAAAGCGCUGUCACUGUGAUCGGUGUUUUUCUAGUUGUAGUUCUUGCCGUAGUGCUCGCUCCCGUGGGUUCUUUCCAUCAUUGUUCUCCAACGGUGCUUCUCAAGUCGCAUUGAAUUGUAUCUCAUGGAUAACUGAAAGGAUUACGACCAUGAAAAAGAAUUGCCUGGCCAAGGCCCUAUACGACAACCAUGCCGAAUCCCCGGAAGAGCUGGAGUUCAAGAAAGGGGACGUCCUCACCGUCCUCGAACAGAAUCCCAACGGGCUUCAAGGCUGGUGGUUGUGCGCCCUGCGAGGGCGUCAAGGCAUUGCGCCUGGCAACCGUCUGAGACUGAUGCCUUAUAUGUACGAUCCAACCGGCUUGGGUUUCGCAACGGGAGUCGUUGCGCAAAACGUGCCGACACAUCAGCCCUCGAAUGCGUGCACUCUACCGAACCGGGGCUCGAACGCCAAUAGAAGGCUCGUGCAGAAUGGCCCUCCAUCUGGCGGUCGAGUUGUGCUCCCGGUCCGACAAGGAGACGUGUACGUCUACGACACUCCGCAGGUCAGCGCGAAAUCCGAAUACGACGUGCCCGCAGUGGCGACGCUGCCUCGUGGAGGACCUAUUAGAGAGACACCGAAACUGCAGACCUUCGCGAGUCCCCAGAGCCAAAAUUACGACGAUCCCAAGAGCGGAGGCCAAUACGAUAUCCCUCGCGGCGUAACUUCACAUUUCAAGGCGUUGACGCUGUCCGAUUGUCAGUACGACUUCCCCUCGACCGGCAAGGCACAGUCGUCGGAAUACGACGCUCCAGCCGCUCGGAGUGCAGUGGCUCCUCUGAAAGCCGCCUCGCUCUACGACAAGCCUCCGAACCAAAUAAACUUGGGUACCCUGAAGGAAAAGUCUUCUACCUACGACGUUCCGGUGGCCACCCUGAAUACUCGCGGCUCGGUGCAUUCCCAAGGCUCCAGCUCUGGGGUGACGGGCAGCCAAACGAGCUUAAACCUGAGCCUCUCGAGCGGAGGUGGCUCGAAUAGGUCCUCUCUAGAGCAGCAAGCCGAGGAAGCCUACGACAUCCCUCAUCUAGGUCACAAGAGACCGGUUGGCCAAGAGAUCGGUUUAUUGAAAAUCGCGACAACGAAGGCGUCAUCUGGCCUAUACGACGUCCCACCACAAGUCACAAGGGAUACACCGACGAUAACUCGAACGAAAUCCAGCCUUGAGGCCGCCGACUACGUGUCACUACCGAAACCCGUGGUCUCGACGCCGGUACGGGAACUCCAUCUAGAAUUGCACUCGGCGCUUGAAGCCCUCGUGAUUCACCAACAAGAGGUUCAAGCCGCUACCCAGCUACUGUUUUCCUGUCUCGGGGAGUCCCGAGAAGGGAUGCGAGUGCCUUCGCAUACGCUCCUCAACAGCGUCACCACGUUCUACAACUUCUCCCAGAGCGCGGUUCAGAGCGCGAAGAAUAAUUCCCAGGAUCCGAAGAUUGCCGCGAAACUUGAACGUCUCGUCCAAAAUAUGUCGAUUUCCUUCAACGUCAUCGCGGAAUCUUGUUCCGCAAUGGACAGGGUCGGUUGGACUCAGCAGAAACAAGGUGAACGUGACGAGCUCGAUCGGUUAGUGGCCUGUGCCCGGAGCCUCACAGACGAUGUGCAACAGAUCAGCUCCUGUAUACAGGGCAACGCGACCUUGAUAUUCCGGCGGACUACGCCGUCGCAGGAAAUCCGUCAGAGACCACUGCCACAGCCUCCCUCGAGACUCUCGCCGAAGACUUCUGCCCCCUCGGAAGCUGGAGAAUAUGACUACAUUCAGAUGCAGAACGACAUACCCAAGGGUGACCUCGGCGCGAACUACGACAGUCUACUCAAGAGAUCACAGGAGAUGAUCGCCGAUAAGUCGACCGUCGCAGAGGUACCGACGCACAUUCGCAACGAUCAUAUGCUCCGUGAAUAUUACUCUCCCCGCCUGAACGACAGCAUAGCUUACUUAGGAGAGGCCAUCGAUGCCUUCUUGUCGACGAUCGAGAAGAAUCAGCCGCCGCGUAUAUUCGUCGAGCACACGAAGUUCAUCCUGAUCGCUGCCCAUCGAGUCGCAUGCAUCGGAGACACCCUCCACCGUCAUCUGUCGGAUUACCUGGAGAGCGACAAAUUUCGACGGUGCUCCGAAAAAAUUUCCACUUCACUGAGGCUGCUCGUUGACACGACGAAGCGAGCGGCGCUCCAUUUCCCUGCGGUUGUCGCGAUCCAGGAAAUGGUAGAUACCGUGAUGGCAGUGAGUCAUUUAUGCCACGCGCUCAAGGGCUGCUUCGUUGUGAACACUGCCCAUCUGCAACAACAACACCAGCACCAACAGCAGCAGCAAAGUAACGCGCCGACGCAACAAACUCAGCAGACCGCGAAACAGCUUGAUGGUCCCGGGGUUGCCGUGAACUAA